AUGGAUGUCUGGGAUGCGCGCAAUACAACACCAUACAGCAACGUUGAGAAAAUCAAAGUACUUUACACCUCCGUUUGUCACUACACCCCUGUCACCCUGAUCAACAGGCCGGCCGCCGACGACAAUAACUCCGUGACCGAACAAGACGGCGCGGACAAAAGUCCUAAGAAACGAGGCGCUCCGCCAGCAGACAGCAUAGGCCAAAGUCGGAUCAAAAAAUCACGCGUCCUACCACUACCCGCAGCGCAGCACCGAAUGCUUGGGCACGCCUACAGCAAACGCCCAUGGAGUUCGACCCCGCAUUCGUUGCAGCCUGCGACAGCAUCGACCAUGCCUUCCGCAGGGCAUGGCUCCUAA